AUGGACUAUCAAAAGAGGAUUUCCUUGCUUUUACUGCUGAAGAUAUUUCUUGUAGGAGUGGUUACGUCCCAGAAGAAUACCAUCAACCUGAACGAUGGCGCCUACUCGAAUCUACUCAUCGCAAUCCACAAGGAUGUGCCUGAGGAUCUGAACAUCAUCGAAAAUCUCAAAACGAUGUUUACAUCAGCAUCUCAGCGUCUCUACAGUGCCACAAAGCAGCAAGUCCACUGGAGCCACAUCAAGAUUCUGGUCCCAAACACCUGGUCCAUCCAGAGCCAAUACCAGUUUGCUAGGACCGAAACCUUACAAUCUGCAAACAUUCUCGUGCAUAACCAUACAGAUGACGAACCGUUUGUCGAAAACGUCGUAGGUUGUGGGAACGAAGGAACUCUGAUGCACUUGACACCGGCCUAUAUUCUAGACCGGAAAGACAAGUUUGGCAAUACAGGUAGCGUCUUAGUCCGAACCUGGGGGUAUUACCGUUGGGGAUUGUUCAAAGAACACUACGACGGCGACGAAGGCACAGAUCCUGCUUACUCAAUCAGUAGUGGUGGCACAGAAGGAACCCGCUGCUCUCUCAAGAUCAAGGGAAAUCUUGUGAAUCCUGAUCCGGAUACUGGUUGCCUUAGUCCUUUUGGUUAUAAUCCCGACUGCCGCUUCGUUUCUGAGCCUGGAAUACAGACGGCUACAGCUUCACUGCUGUUUGGAACCAGAGGUGCUCACAUUCAUUCGAUAGAGAAGUUCUGUGGAGACGAUGCAUUAGACCAAGAUAGCCUACACAACCCCCUAGCACCAAACCUCAUGAACAAGUUAUGCAAUUACCGCAGUGCAUGGUCGGUAAUGAGGAAUCAUACAGACUUCCAGGCUGUUGUCCCACCGGUCUCUAACACCAUUCCUGAAUUUGAAGUCCUCCAGCUUACGUCAGUCAGAAGUGUAGUACUUGUCCUCGACAUCAGUAUUAGUAUGAAAGGGAACCGAUUUGACCGAAUGAUCCAGUCAGCUACCGUGUACAUCAUGAGUGCGAUUCCCACAGGCAGCAAGCUCGGAAUCGUAGUCUUCUGGUCGGAAUCACAAAUCAGAGCAGAUCUUACGGAUAUAACCGAUACCGCAUUGCGUCAAACACUUGUCAAUGCUUUACCGCCAUCACCGACGGGUUCCACGUGUAUCGGAUGCGGGAUAGAGUCAGGCCUUAAGGUACUGGGGUCAUACGCACAAGGUGGAUACAUCUUACUCCUAAGUGAUGGCGUAGAGAAUAACAAACCAUACAUCAGAUACAUGUAUGACGACAUUAAAAACUCAGGAGUCAUAAUUGACACCAUCACUAUAAGCAACUCAGCUGAUCAGCAAAUGGAAGAUCUUUCCACAAACACUUCUGGCAUAUCAAGCUUCUGCUCGGAUACUGGGACUGGGCCUUGUCUAAUAAAUGCAUUCCAUAGAACCAUAGCGGAGAGACCUGACGUUGGCAUGGAAACUGUUCCUAUACAGAUCUACAGUUCUGAGGUCAUUAUCGAACCCGAUCCUGGCUUCCACAUUAUUCCGGUGAUCAUCGACGCCGCACUGGGCAACGAAACGGUGAUCACGGUGGUCUUCACGAAUCGUUAUACGCUACCAAUCGUGAAUUUUACCAAGACUCCAGCACUAGCUAUAUAUGCUCAGGUUCAACAGGAUUAUCUGCCUGUUCUCAAUGCUGACGUCACAGCAAUCGUUUCGGAUUCAUCUACUACGACCUCGAUGACAUUGCUCGACAACGGGUCAGGGUCUGACUUACUCAAAGAUGACGGGACAUAUUCAGGGUUCUUCCUGAACUUCACUUCUGAUGGCAGAUAUAACGUCAAGGUCAAUGGCGUCGGCUAUCAUGUCGCAGAAGACCGGAGAGGAAAGAGGUCAGCUGAACCUGAAGUUGAGACUGCAGUGGAGCCAUCUUUCAUGCGUACAGCAUCGGGAGGAGUCUUUAAGGUCCAAGGCUACACUCCCAACUCCGCUGAUAUUCUACCACCUUCCCGUAUCCAGGACCUGGUCUAUACCUCUUUCUCCUAUGACAACAGCACGGUGACCCUCAGCUGGACUGCUGUAGGAGACGACUUGGACCAAGGAACGGCAUACACUUACGAACUCCGCUAUUCCACCAACUACUAUGAGGUCCGGAACAACUUCAGCACUAGUAAUGAGGUCACACAGGAUCAACUCGUCUCCGGGAACCUAUCCUUUAUCAGUCCUGCAGGGGUUAUUGAGACGGUCACUAUUUCACUCCUUGAGAGGGGUAAAGAAAUCGUCUACUAUUUCGCUAUUCGGGCUUGGGACGAGGCAGGGAACGGAGGGGACUUGUCCAACGUCGUCUCCCUGUCGAUCCGCUACAUACCGGUAUCUGUACCCACGACCGAACCACUACCGGUGUCUGUACCUACCACCAUCGAGCAGGUGUCUGUUACCACCAUCAAACCAACUGGGCCAGACAACCCAGCCCUUAUUAUCGGGGUGUGUUGUGCAGUGGGUGUGGUUAUCAUCGUUGGAGCUGUCAUGAUGUACGUAUACUACCGGGAAACACAUUGUAGACGAAUGAAACCUAAGGCAGCACCAACACAAGAAAAGCUUCAGGACGUGGAGGCGAUGCAACAGAAUCCAACCUAUGAUAACCCUACUUUCUCUACAAAUUGA